AUGUCGAGGCAUCGCGUGAAGAAUGUCGGUUAUGAUGACGACGAUUAUUAUGACGAGGAUGGAUAUGAGUCGCCCGACCCCGAGGAGCAGGAGUUCCUGAAACAGUGCACCGCUGCAGUCUCACAACAUCUCCGUGCGGCACAGCCGUCGGUGACCGCAACGACCGAAGAAAUCCAGGAAGCACUGUGGCACUACUACAACGAUGUGGAAAAGUCGACGAGUUAUUUGAGAGGCAAGAAGGAAAAGGAACUCAAGAAGCAGCAGACGGCUGCCGUACCGAAGAAUAAUGUGCCAGGGUUUCCAGUACCCAGUUCCCCACCUAUAGCGCACUUCUCUGCUGCCGAUUUCUUUCGCGACUGUCCCUGGCUUAAUGUGCCUUCCGAGCGCAAAGUGAAUAUUAUGGUUGAGUCCUUAUACCCUCGGCUUGGGCUGCUAGGCGGUGCUCCUGAGGCUGGAGGCAAGGUCUCUAAGCUUGCGGCUUUAGCUGCACAGCGCAAGAAGAAAGAAGGCGAAAAGGUUGCACCUACGCCAGAUGCUCCUUCAAAACCUCAACCUGAGAGAUCAGAAGCACCAUCGCCCGAGCCACAAAGCAUCCAGUUGUCUUUACGAGAGAGAUUGGCCGCCAGUAAGGCCAACAAGUCUCCAAAACCGUCGGAAACAAAUGGGAGCUUGCGCCGGUUGGGUAGAUCGGGCCUCUCUGCGGAAUCACCAGCCCAGAAGCAGCCGUCACCCGAGUCCACGAACGCCGAGCUUUCUACUCCGGAUCAGGUGAAGCAAACACAAGAUCAACCAAAGGACGAGCCAGAACCACAGCAGGCAGCGCCUGAUAUGCGUGCCUCGCCAUCUAUGUUCGCUAGUGCCAUCGUUGGUGAUACAGCGGGACCAACCAUGGCCCAGCCCAGCCACUUACACUCGAGCAGUGUGGAUUUGCUCAAAAUCUACGGUCAAGACCAUGCUGAACCUUUUGACUUUGCAGGCCCCAGCCCCGAUGACAUGGUGCUGAAUGCUCAGAACACAGCAAAAGGAUUCAAGUCCAAAAACGCUGCAUCCAAGUCGGCUGGAGACAAGAAGGGCCAGGCUGAUCUUGCUGGUGGGUUGAAGGACCUCUCCGUGGAGGAGAAGGUGACUGUCAAGAGCAAGAACUUGGAUGUACUUGAGGAAUACAACAAAUCAAACCGGAAGAAGUCUGCCAACUUUGUCGUCAUCGGACAUGUCGACGCCGGCAAGAGUACCCUGAUGGGACGAUUAUUGGCAGAUCAAGGGGCGAUCGACCAACGCACCUUGGACAAGUACCGGAAGGAAGCUGAGAAGAUCGGAAAGGGAUCUUUCGCUCUCGCAUGGGUGUUGGAUCAGGGGUCGGAGGAGCGUGAACGAGGUGUCACCAUUGAUAUUGCGACCAACAAGUUCGAGACUGAGUCCACUGCAUUCACAAUAGUCGAUGCACCGGGCCAUCGGGACUUUGUUCCCAACAUGAUUGCCGGUGCUAGUCAGGCCGAUUUCGCCGUCCUGGUGAUCGACGCUAGCACCGGCAAGUUUGAGUCCGGGUUGAAGGGUCAGACUAAAGAGCAUGCCUUGCUGGUGCGUAGCAUGGGUGUUCAAAAGAUAGUCGUGGCCGUCAACAAGAUGGACACUGUUCAGUGGGACAAGGGCCGAUUCGAGGAAAUCGAACAACAGAUUUCCUCGUUCUUGACGACAGCUGGCUUCCAGGAGAAGAACAUUGCCUUCGUCCCGUGCUCGGGUGUGCUUGGAGACAACAUCACUCGGCGCAGUGAAAACCCCCAGGGGUCGUGGUAUACCGGCCGCACAUUGAUCGAAGAACUGGAGACUUCCGAGCGAUACACGCACGCUCUAGACCAGCCACUACGCAUGACGAUCGGCGAUGUGUUCCGUGGCAGUGUGCAGAAUCCUCUUUCAAUCUCGGGCCGCCUUGAUUCUGGUAGCCUACAGAUAGGCGAUCAAAUCCUCACCAUGCCCAGUGGUGAGACUGCCCUGGUCCGCAGCGUGGAGGUGGAUGGUGAGCCCAACGACUGGGCCGUGGCCGGUCAGAACGUGGUGUUGAACCUAGCAAAUAUCGAUCCCAUUCACUUGCGCUCUGGCGACGUUGUCUGCCGAGCUUCGUCUCCAAUUCCGAACGUUACCACUUUCACUGCCAAGGUCCUCGCUUUCGAGCAUUUGAUGCCCAUGAUGGUGGACAUCCACCGCGGCCGUCUUCAUGUGCCUGGUCGCAUCAGCAAGCUCGUUGCGUCCCUGGACAAGGCCUCUGGUGCACCCACCAAGAAACGGCCGAAGAUCGUUGCACCCGGCACUGUCGCACGGGUGGUUGUCGAGAUGGAUCAGGCCGUGCCCCUUGAGGCACCAACUAGGAUCGUUUUGCGACAUGGAGGGUCGACUGUUGCAGCCGGGCUACUGGAAUGA